UCUCUCUCUUACUGCUACUUUUCCAUUUUUUCAAUAUCUCUCUUAAAUUAUCUCUUAUUUACAUUUCUCUCCCUCUAUUUUCUCCGUUUGAUCGCCGGAAAAUACUUUUCCGUCCGAUCACCGUUCAUUUUCUCCUCUCUCUACAAUCCUCUCACUAGAUCCACAUUUCCAAAAAAAUUACAAAAAUUAGCACAUUUUGAAAAAAAAUCAAGUGCUCGUAAAUCGUAAUUACUGCUAAUCUCAACAGAAGGAGGAGAUUAUGUUAUUGUUUUUAAUGUUUGAUAUGCUAAUAACUUAGGUUUUUUUUUUUUUUUUUUUUGAAUAGAAUGUUGAAUAAAAUCAUUAAGCGAGGGCAGAAAAAGGUACCGAAAUCGGAUUUCGGGUCGGGUCACCGGAGCUCCGGUACAAAUGUAGUUGUCGUUAACCACUCUUCUAGAAGCACCGCCGGAAUAAUGACGACGAACGUGACGUCAUCACAAAAAAUCGAGAACCUUCCGAUGUUGAAAGACGUGUCAAUGUCUGAUAGGCAGAGUUUAUUCUUAAGGAAAAUUCAGGUUUGUUGUUAUCAAUUUGAAUUCAAUAAUAAUAAUAAUACAAUGAAUUCAUUUGUUAGGGAAAAAGAGAUAAAAAGACAAACAUUGGUUGAACUUAUUGAUUGUAUACAAUGUAAUGCUAUGAAAAUAAGUGAAGGUAACCAAGGAGAGAUGUUAAAGAUGAUAUCGAUUAAUAUAUUUCGAUGUUUGGGCCCGACGUGUUAUGAGAAUACAGGGUCGGAAAAUGUAGAACCUGAUGAAGAAGAAUCAUAUCUCGAGCCAUCAUGGCCACAUUUACAAUUAGUUUACGAGUUGUUAAUGAGGUAUAUCGUGAGUACGGAUACUGAUACUAAGGUUGCUAAGAGGUUUAUCGAUCAUUCGUUUGUGUUGAAGUUAUUGGAUAUGUUUGAGAGUGAGGAUCAGAGGGAGAGGGAAUAUUUGAAAAUGAUACUUCAUCGGAUAUAUGGGAAGUUUAUGGUGCAUAGACCGUUUAUAAGGAAGGCGAUUAAUAAUAUCUUUUAUAGGUUUGUUUAUGAGACGGAGAGACAUUGUGGGAUUGGUGAGUUGUUGGAGAUUUUAGGGAGUAUUAUAAAUGGUUUCGCGUUGCCUAUGAAAGAGGAACAUAAGCUUUUUCUUGUACGAGCUCUUAUACCAUUGCAUAAGCCGAAACCAAUCGUAAUGUAUCAUCAACAGUUGUCGUAUUGUGUUGUUCAGUUUGUCGAGAAGGAUUAUAAGUUGGCUGAUACGGUUAUAAGGGGUUUGUUGAAGUACUGGCCUGUUACUAAUUGCCAAAAGGAAGUUUUAUUUAUUGGGGAAGUUGAAGAAGUGCUGGAAGCCGCGCAAGCUGCUGAAUUUCAGCGUUGUAUGGUUCCUCUUUUUCGACAGAUUGCUCGUUGCCUUAACAGCCCGCAUUUCCAGGUUGCAGAACGAGCUUUAUUUUUAUGGAAUAACGAGCACAUUGUGGGUCUGAUUGCCCAGAAUCGGAAUGUCAUUUUACCAAUAAUUUUUGAGGCUCUGGAAAAGAAUAUAAGGAGUCAUUGGAAUCAGGCUGUCCAUGGGCUGACUAUAAAUGUCCGCAAAAUGUUCCUUGAAAUGGACGCCGAUUUGUUUGAGGAUUGCCAGAAACAGUAUGCCGAGAAAGCAGCUCGAGCCACUGAGCUGGAAAAACAACGAGAGUUAAGAUGGCAGAGAUUAGAAGCUGCUUCCGGACAAGGAGGGUAAAACCAUAAAAACACGUUGAUCGUUAUUCCUGAUCCUUCAAGUGCAGGAUUAAACACGCCUACUCAGAACUGGAUGCUUGCAUCAACCAUGCUCUUCUGUUAUAGUGGUAUUCAUUUUACUCCUGUUUUCUUUUUUUGGUUCUUUUUUUGUUUUCAAUGUGCCGGAUCAUUGAAGAUGAUGACAGGCAUUGCAGCAGGGUAUAAUUCAAGAAUGUAUUUUGAUUAUCACUAGUCGUGUGCUGCAGCUCAAGAAUGGUUUGUGGAAGUAUCUUGUUGUAAUUUGUUCUGUAAUUUUCGUCAGGAGAAAUUUUUAUUCUUGCAAUGAACUCUCUGGAGCAUGAAA